UGUUCCUUUAAACCGGUUAAUUCAUUGGCCGACAGUAAUUUUUCCACAUUGAUAACGGUAUUGAUGCGACUUCUGGCGUCUCUGGCCACCACAACGGUCCUCUGGAGAUAAAAUGGCUAUAUUAACGCCUCUGUUCGCGUUUCUGUAUCAUUUGCCACAGGUGUACAAAUGGCUACUAAAACCGUACUACAUUGCCUCAUUAUUUAUGUGUGGCGCGUUCUUGUUUAUUCGCAAGACACCUGGGAUAUGUGAGCAUCUCUCGACGCAACGGGAGGAUGGGAAUUCCUGCGAUUUUGAUUGGAGAGAGGUAGAGAUCCUGAUGUUCCUGAGUGCUAUAGUCAUGAUGAAGAACAGAAGAGCGAUUACUGUUGAGCAACACCUGGGGAACGUCAUCCUCUUUUGUAAAGUGGCCAAUGUGAUUCUGUUCUUCAGACUGGACAUACGUUUGGGGCUUCUCUACUUGACCCUGUGCAUUGUUUUACUGAUGACCUGCAAACCUCCCCUCUACAUGGGCCCAGAGUACAUCAAGUACUUCAAUGAUAAAACCAUUGACGAAGAAUUGGGAAAGGACCACCGAGUGACUUGGAUUGUGGAGUUUUUUGCUAACUGGUCACCAGAGUGCCAGUCUUUCGCUUCAGUCUAUGCCGAUCUGUCCUUGAAGUACAACUGUGCAGGACUGAAAUUUGGCAAAGUGGACAUUGGCCGUUACAGCGAAGUGUCUAAGAAGUAUAAAGUGAGCACAUCUCCUCUCUCAAAGCAGCUGCCUUCUCUGGUGCUCUUCCAGGGGGGGAAGGAGGUUAUGAGGCGCCCUCAGGUGGACAAGAAGGGAAGGGCGGUGUCUUGGUCCUUCACAGAGGAAAACAUAAUCCGAGAGUUUAACCUCAAUGAGCUGUAUCAGAAGUCUAAGAAGCUCGGUAAGACCAAAGGAGAGAAGAAUGAGAGGCCCAGUGAAUCGCCGUUUGCUCCUGUGCCUGAAGAGGAGGAAUCCGAGGCCGAGACCAUCAACGCAGUGGACACCGAAAGCAAGAAGGACAAAUAGACUCUGCAUGCUGCUGAAGAGCACUGGGACAGAACUCUAUUUUGAUCAUGUUCAAAAUACAGAGAGAAAGUUUGAUGUUCCAGUUGAAGAAACAGAAUGAUUGUGACUUUUUUUUUUUUUAUUUAACAUACUGUAUAGAACUUAAUUUAAUUGCAAAAUCAGUCUAAUAAUAUAGUAAAUCUUACAUGCAUUAAAACAGCAUAUAAUAACACUGGACAAAGUAUACUUGUAUGUCCGAACAACCAUCAUUUAGAAGUUAAACAGGGCACUGAUGAUUCGAUCUGUCAUCGGUGUUGCUAUUUUAAUCACUUUAAAUAUAAUACGAAAUUGGAUACCUCCUACCUAUAAUUGUGAAGUAAUCUUUUAGUAAGGGGUUAUUUUGUGUUGCAAAUGCAUCACUACUGGGGAACAAACUUUUAACUAAUUCCUUUCCUACUGUACUUUUAAUUAAUUAUUUACUCCUAGUUGUUUUCAUUUUCUGUUUGUCUUCUAAUUUUGCAUUUUGUAUUAUGGUACUGGUUUCAGUGAUACAAAAAGGCACAGUCUUUCAGUGUAUGCCAACAAUUUAUGUUGAGAAAAGCUUUCGCAGUAUACAAGUUAUUGAUAUUGACACUGCCUUAUGUUUCAAAACUACAAAAAUGUAUCUGUUUUUUUACAUCUUACUUUAAGACUUAGUUUCACAUUUCUUUUCAGACUGAAUACUGCUGUAAAAGUCUUAAAUAUUUGUUUUGUAUAUUCAGUGUUUCACUUAAAUUUCCUUUGUGCUGAAUGAUUAAUACCUUUUUUGACAUUUCAUGUUCAUUUGAAACUGACAGGCACAGAAGAAUGCUGCAGGCAGUCUUAAAAUGUGAAACUUUUUGAUCGAUUGCUGUCGCUGUUGGAAGCUAUUAUUGUCAGUGUGUAUUAAAUGUCAAAUUAGAAUCUUGACACUAAUUUCCCAACAAAACAAAAAAGAGCAAUAUUGUUUUUGUGACCUGUUAAGUAAACAAGUCUUGAUUUUCCUUAAUCUUUUUUUUUUAUUAAAUGGUUAUGCUUGUAAGAUGACCAAGUGCUUUGAAUGGUUGGGGAGGGAUUUUUUUUUUUGCCUUUUCAAUACAACAUUGAGUGCAAUUGCAUGAUUUUCACUGAUUAUGAUUAAUAAGCCAACAAAUUGUGUGGUAAUGUAAACGGCUUUCCUUUAUUGGAGUAGUAAGAUGAUAAACAGUUAAAACCUUUAAGCUCGGAUAGGCUACCAGUAGGCCUGCCAAAAUAGUUACCUUUGUAUAGUUUAUAAGCUGUACUUUACAAUGAAUGUUGGCAGUAUGACCAAAACUAUAUACAGUAUAACAAGUGCUUUGAAAUUUGUAGACAAAUAAGUGUUUUGUUUUGAUAAUUUAUUAAUAAUUUUGCACUGCACAUGCUAUUGUAAUCUGUAAAAACAUCAAACUGAUCAAAUAGGCACGUGCCAUCUGUCAUUGGAAAGCUCUCAAAGAGUAGAAUACAACCAGCUUUGUUUUACUCCGAGACAAAAAUAUAGCGAGUAAUAGCAAUAGUCUUUGACAUACAUUACAUGUUACAUGUAAACUGGUGUUGCUUGUAAGCCAAGUUUUCACUUACAACUUAACGAAAAAUAAACAGAACAUAAAAUAUCACAUCCCAUUACUUAGGAUUAUCUUUCAAAUGAGCAAACCACAAUGUAUUUGGAUGCAUAGAUCAUUAAAUGAUGCACACGAAGAACAAUAUGCACAGCACAAAAUGUGCUAUCUUGCUAAAAACAUGUUAGCAUUCCUGGAUCAGAUGACAUCAUCGGAAAUCAUGUAGUACGUUGUCCAGCAUCAUGGAUCACUAAACCAAUCAUAUUAGGAUUCAGAUCGCUGCAACCAGAGGUGGAAGUCAUCCAAAUAUGGGCAGAGAAGAUUGUUACAUAUGGCCACCAGUAGAUGGCGGCAACUAUAUGACACACUCAAUGACUCCUCAAAUGACAGAAUGGAACUGAAAGAGGUUGUUCCUUAUGCCUGUAUGCUUUGUAGAGGGAGCAUAACUUUAGUCAUUGUCUUUGCAUGUGUAAUUACUUACACAUCCAUAUCUUCAGAAGCAAUAUAAUUGGUGUGGGUGAGAAAGAGUUAAACAUUUGUCAAUUUUUGCUAGAAAUUCUUCUCCCUGCCCAGUAGGGGGUGAAUGCAUGAAGAAUGCAAAUCACCAAAAACACAAGAAUAACGUGAAAGUUAAAGUGGAGAUCGACCGAGCAGACUAAAACAUAGAUCUGUUUCUCACCCAAACCUAACCAAUCACUUCUAAAGACAUUGAUUUAACAACUGGAUUCAUUUAGAUUACUUUUAUGCUGACCUAUGUGAUUGUUGGGGCUUCAAAAUAUUGUCACCCAUUCACUUGCAUUGUGAGGACCUACAGAGCAGAGAUAUGUUUCUAAAAAUCUUUUGUGUUCUGCUUAAGAAAGUCAUACACAUACAGGAUUGCAAAGGGUAAGUAAAUGAGAAUUACAAUUUUUGGGUGAACUAUUCCUUUAGGAGCAUGUCAUUAAGGGUAAAGCAAAUCAACAUCACAAUUGAUUUAAAAAGAGUUUAUUACCAAUGCUCAACCACACAAACUCACGCAUACAUAUAUCCACAACCAUGGUCACUCACACUGAACUAUACAGUACACUUUAUUUUCUUUCCCUCCUCUCAGUCCAUUUUUUUAAUCCUAAAUAUUCAUAUAAUCUUUCUGAGAGGGUAUUCAUUGGCUUUUGAAUCAGCCAGCUCUGAUCUAAACAUUGAUCAACACCCCCGACAAGUUAGACAAUGGUUGAAAUUGUCAAUUGUCAAGUCUUGCAAAAUGUCACAAUCUUUUUAAAUGAAGUACAAAUUAAGAGGCACAAAAUCAAUGUUUUGAAGAAACUCUGAAAUAUGUCCCACAGAUCGAGCUCCACUUUCUCAAAUGCAUUUUAAUGCUGAGUAACUGUCUUCACAUGACUAGGAUUUACUUGGUCUUAUCAGUUUUCCAGCCUCCAAUUCUUCAUCCCCCCAUCUGAUUAGAUAAAAUUCCACAAAGAACAAAUCAUCAGCCUUUGUAGAAUAAAAGAAAAUAUAUUUUGAUCUUAUCAAGAACCAUUUAUAAAGUCAUAUAAAAUAACAUUUU